UUACACAGUAUAACACAAGUCGUGACCUUUGGGCAGUCGUGGCCUAAUGGUUAGCGGGUUGGACUUCGAGUCUCGGGUCCGGCAGGAAUUGUCGGUGGGGGGAGUGAAUAACCAGCGCUCUCUUGCAUCCUCAAUACCACGACUGAGUGGCGAGGAUUCUCUCGAUGGCCUUAUGAGACACAGAUGUCCCCUGACCCCUUCGCUGUCCCCACGGAAACGGACCACCAGCCAAAGCAAAACGGAGCCUCCACUUCUGAGGACGAAUAAGAGGACAAUCUACACCGCAGGACGUCCACCCUGGUACAAUGUUACUGGGACCACCUUUAAAGAAGCUUUUGUAAUAGGUCUGUGUGGAGGAAGUGCCUCUGGGAAAACCACUGUGGCCAAUAAGAUCAUAGAGGCUCUUGACGUUCCUUGGGUUGUUCUGCUCUCUAUGGACUCUUUCUAUAAGGUUUUGAGUAAAGAGGAGCAGGAGUUGGCGGCAAGAAACGAGUACAACUUUGAUCAUCCUGAUGCCUUUGAUUUUGAACUGCUGGUAACUGUGUUGAGAAAACUGAAAAAGGGCAAAAGCAUCAAAGUGCCAGUGUACGACUUUACCAGUCACAAUCGUCGCAAGGAGUGGAAAACUGUCUAUGGGGCCAACGUUGUGAUAUUUGAGGGAAUCUUGGCUUUUGCCAACAAGGAGCUUUUAAAGCUCCUAGACAUGAAGGUGUUUGUUGACACAGACUCAGACAUCCGGCUAGUCAGGCGGCUAAAGAGGGACAUCACGAAUAGAGGGCGUGACAUUGCAGGUGUCAUUAAACAGUACAACAAAUUUGUCAAGCCAGCAUUUGAGCAGUACAUCGAACCCACUGUUCAAGUUGCAGAUAUUGUGGUACCAAGAGGUGGAGAAAACUUUGUAGCCUUGGAUCUGAUUGUUCAGCACGUUCACAGUCAGCUGGAAAAGAGGAAACUCCGCUGGGAUAUAUCAGCCCUGGCAUCUGCCCAUCAGGGUCAACCUUUACCCAAGACCCUGAGUGUCAUGGAGAGCACCCCACAAGUCAGAGGAAUGCACACUAUUAUCAGGAAUAAAGAAACCAGUCGGGAUGAAUUUAUAUUCUAUUCAAAGAGAUUAAUGAGGCUUCUCAUAGAGCACGCUCUGUCCUUCCUGCCGCUGAAGCCGGUGUCUGUUGAAACUCCUCAAGGAACUGUAUAUGAAGGGAAGAGGCUGAGUGGGAAAAGGAUCACUGGUGUGUCCAUUCUACGGGCAGGAGAGACCAUGGAACAGGCCUUGAUGGCUGUUUGUAAGGACAUUCGGCUCGGAAAGAUCCUCAUUCAGACUAAUCAUGACACAGGAGAGCCUGAGCUCCAUUACCUCCGUCUGCCCAAGGACAUCAGUGAGGACUACGUUAUCCUGAUGGACAGCACUGUGUCUACAGGAGCGGCAGCUCUCAUGGCUGUCAGAGUCUUACUUGAUCAUGAUGUCCAGGAGGAUAAGAUCUUCCUGCUCUCUCUGCUCAUGGCAGAGAUGGGCGUUCACUCAGUGGCCUACGCCUUUCCCAAAGUGCGCAUUAUCACCACUGCCGUGGACAAGAACGUCAACGAUGAGUUUCACAUCAUUCCAGGGAUUGGUAAUUUUGGGGACCGUUACUUUGGGACUGAUGCUCCUUCAGACUGGUAUGAAAGUGAUGAGGGGAUGGACUACUGAAUUUCAUUAAGACCUGUAUGUGAGCGACUAUAUCUGCAUGUAUUAAUCUCAUAUGAUUGUGGACCCAUUGCCCUGCCCUAUAUAAGCAUAAGCCUUAGCCGCCUCUUGCUCUCGAUCUUGCAAUACUACAUGCUACAAAUGAGCCCAUGCUCAAUAAAGGUCAAAGCAUCAACGGACCCCCAAACAUGGGAGAUUACUGCUCAUUAGCUUUCCUUGAAGUGUCCACAUGACCGUCACAAUUUGAGAAAUUUUCAUUAAUACUUGAACUGAUAAGAGUGGAAUAAUAAGGGCACACCACGGUUUCUUCAUGGGUGUGUUUACAAUGGCAUACUACCAAACUACCUUGUACUGUUUUUCAGUAGUAUGAGUGUACAGUUUAUACUGUAUAAAACAGUAUAUAUAAUUGAUCGCAAACACAGAACAUACUCAAUGUUUGUUAGCUGAUUUCAUGUCGUCUUGACUUAAUUUGCUUUGUAUAGCAUUUAUGGCAUACAUGUGCAUUUUACACUAAGUGGAAGAAAGAUUUCCAUAUGCCUGCUUCAAUUUAGCCUGCUUUUAAUACUGCAGUCUUGCUAAAAAUGUGCAUAAAUGUUACUACCUUUAAUAGUAGCCCAAGCACAAAAUAGGAUUUGGGUCAAACAACAUGCUUACUGCAAUUUACUGCAAUGCUGCAGUUCCACUCAUAAACAGCACAUAUGUUGUUCAGUCUACAUUUACUUUGUUGUUUUGGCUUUUUUUCCAAUUGAUUGGUGUCUUAGGCGAUACAGAUGUGAAAUGCCAAUCAAUAUAUCAGUCUACUUGAUAGCGUUAGUGUGUAAAAAUGAAAUGGGACUUUUGUUAAUAUAAAAUUCAUUUUUAAGUCCAAAGGAAUAAUUUUCCUCGUCAUUGGUUUUAGCAUUUAGCACUACAGUACCACUGAGGGGAAUAAAAUCAGGUUUGUCGUUUUGUUAUAUACUUGAAUUUUAAAAUGUAGAUAAGGUAUAUUUAUUUUUCAUGCCUGAUUGAGGAGAGGCAACGACAGAUUGAUUUGCAAUUACAAAAGUUGAGAAACAAUUAAUGAAGAACAUUUUGGAGGUCUUUUAGCAGAAAUUAAACCAAAAAACAGAGCAAAACGUGCUUCUCCUGAACUUCCACUGUUACGUGUCAUCUAAUGCAUUUUUUUAAUAAACCUGAUCAGAGUAAUAGUGCCAAAAUGCACAUACAGCUACCUGAGAUGCACUUAAAUUUAUGUAAACAAACAUUUUGAUUACAUUCUCACCUAAAGGGUAGUGUUGCACAUUAUUUCAGUGGCAUUUAUUAAAAAAUGACUGUCUAUUUGGUCCCACUUGAAAAAAUAAAAUAAUGAAAUUGACAUGUCUUAUAUUUCUUUGUAUAUUUGUUUUCUAAUUGGAACUGAGAUUUGGUUUGUUUUUAUUUUUUGCACAGUGUUUUUAUUGCCUGGGUAUGUGUUAUUCUGAAUCACAUCUCAGUAAUGGACUUCAGACUUAACUACAUUGGCAGCAAUAUGCAUUAUUAUAAGGGAAAAAUAUUUCUCUUAUUUAAGUUCUCUCUCUCCAGAGAUGUAUACUGUAAUUAUUUUGUUGUAUAUGUAUGAUGAUCUGUUUACGAGCUUCAAACUGACCUCCAGUGUUGUAAGCCAUUCCACUUCUAUUGAACAAUUUUUUUCUUCCUGUAUGUAUAAAUAGCGCAAUAAAAA